UCUGUAAAGCAAAACACGUUUGCCACUUCCAUCAGUUAGUUGUCACUGUGAUCCAGUUUUUUGGGUCAAACCUGGCAUAAAUUCUACCCAAACAAAUCGAUAUUGCUUGUUCUUCCCAAAUCCAAAAUCUACUAAUAGUUGCAUGCUUCUCCAGGUUAUCGUUUCACAAGAAACCACCAUUCUCCUCUGUACUGACCGGCAUAAAAUUUGAAUACAUUUUCUUGUAAGUUCAGGGUGUAGCAGCUUGAAAUGGCAAGAGGAAAGCAGAAAAUUGAAUCUCAAAACAAAGCUGUGGAAAAGGCGGCCAAGCUGAAGAAGCAGCAAGGGCAUAGUGCGAACGAUCAGAAGAAAGCUGCUCAGAAGGCUUUGGUGCAUGUUUGCUCGGUGUGUAAAGCACAGAUGCCUGAUUCAAAGACUUAUCUUCAGCAUUUUUUGAACAAACACCCGAAAAUAACGAUUCCCGAGGAACUGAAAUCUGUCUCAAGUUUAAAGGACUAGUAAAGUUAACCGUUUAAGAAA